AUGGCAAAACCAGUGGCCAUCCAUACACAUUGGGAUUCCCAGGCACCGUGCAAUUUGAAUGCAGAUGAGAGCACUCCCCCAGAACGGCACAACUUUCCUCUGACGCCUCCGCCAACCGCAGAACGUCAAGCAUCCGACACGUUAGUCGUUGAGCGUGUCCUGAGGAUAUUCAACGGCAUACGCUGUUCUGGUCCAAGGAUCUCAGGCUUUCCCAGGAUUAAGUUGCAACGCGAGCAAUUUUUGGAAUUGCUUUCUCGACUUGAAGACGACCAGCUACUCCACAAUUUCGUUAACUACGAAGUGCGCUGGGAUUACGACCCAGAAUCUGAGCAGCUCCAAAUUCGUAUGCCAAGUCCGGUACAUGACUUUUUUGUGGCCUCCGUCGCUGGUGAAAUAAGCAAGCAACUUCAGACUAUUAUAGACGAAGGAGGGCCUGCCAGCGAAUUUGCAGCGCUAAUUACAAAUGGGCAGUCUUCUCGAAUUCUUCUGCGUGUGGAUAACUCCGAGGACGGGCAAUCAGUGGACUCAAAAAUAUGUCUACAACGUCAACCGGAUGCUCAAUUCCAGCAUUGUUUGGCAGCAUAUCCUGGUGUAGUUGUUGAGGUCUCAUAUUCACAGAACGGAAACUUGAGGAAGUUGGCCUGGGAAUAUAUCAUGAAUUCAAACGGAAAUAUCAAGGUCGUUAUUGGCAUAGAUGUCAAAUAUGACGGGAAAGAGUCUACUGUAUCCUUGUGGCGCCAGGCUUAUGUGCGGGAAGAGGGCGAGGAUCUUGAUAUCCUGGAAGUUCACCAAGUCAUUGAAUCCGAGGUAAGAGGUCAUCUGCCCUACCGGAAGGAUUGCGCUAGAAUUUGCCAGGCAUUCCGAACGCAAGAUGGUCGUCCCGCAAACAAGAGCAGCUGUGUCCGCCUCAACCUCAGUGAUUUUGGCCCUGAUGAAAUAUCCAACGGGUAUGAGGGGAAAGAGCUAUCCAUAAGCUACGAAACUCUUAUCACCCUUCUCAACCGCGCGGAGCAGAUCCACCGAGCACGAGAGUCAGCUGCCGGUUUACGCGGCAUUGAGUCGAAGCGGCAGAUCAGGAAGCGGAAGAGGUCAUCAUCUCCGGCUGAGCAAUUGAGGUCCGACGAUGAAGCAAAACGUCGCCGCCAGGAAGCGCAAGCGGAGGAACGUACUGCUGCAUCCGACAAGGAUUACGAACCCCCGUCAUCCAGACGAAGGGGAGCUGGCAAACCUUAG